UUCAGAUAAGCAGCAGUGCAGUAGCUUUCCCCGGAAUUAUAUAAUUAAUUUUGAUAAUUUUUUGCUUAUAUUAUACUAUUCAGAUCACGGUCAUGAUUGAUAAAUAUUAGUAAUGUAUUUACAAAUCUCUGGUUUCAUAAAAAUCAAGUUAUGGCUGCUUAUAUUGGCUAAUAGCCAUUAUGGCAAAACAAGUGGUUCCAAAUUGUUCCAAAUUGUUCCAAAUGUAAAUGACGUCAAAUGCGGUGACGUUUUGAUGGAAUUUUACAGCUGUGAUGCGUGAUUGUCAAAUAGGGAAGACGAGCAUGUGUCAAAGAUAAACAAGUAUGUCAAAUGUGAGGGAUGUUCAAGGGAGUGUUUGGUUGGAAAUUGGAGUUCGAGCUAUAUUGGCUUGGAUUUUCAUAGAAUUGGAAGGGGUCGCUCCUUUCAAUAGAAAAAUCCACCCUGACGAGUUGUGGCUGUAUAAAAACCCAAGAAUAGACAGUUAUGUUCCAACGACUGUUUUAUGGCCUCUUGUCUUCGGCACCCCGGCUGUAAUAAUCACAGCUGUGUUCCUCGUACAGAAAGACAAGGUCGAUGCCUUCCAGGCAGUUCUCAGCUGCUCACUUGGGCUGGCGUUGAAUGGAGUGUUCACCAACUUCAUUAAACUAAUUGUGGGUCGGCCACGCCCGGACUUCUUCUGGCGGUGCUUCCCCGACGGCCAAAUGAACCCCGAGCUGGUGUGCACAGGCGAGGAGGCAGCCGUCAUUGAGGGGCGGAAGAGUUUUCCAAGCGGCCAUUCGUCAUUUGCUUUUGCUGGCAUGGGUUUCAUAGCAUUUUACAUGGCCGGUAAGCUGCAUGUUUUUAAUGCCAUCGGACGAGGAAAGUCAUGGCGACUGUGCAUUUUCCUUUGUCCGUUGGUUGUCGCGCUGGGUGUGGCACUUAGUCGCACCUGCGACUACCAUCAUCACUGGCAAGAUGUGUUAUGUGGUUCCAUUCUCGGCAUAUCGAUGUCAUACAUGUGUUAUCGCCAGUAUUACCCUUCUCUGGCAUCGUUGCAGUCACAUCGGCCUCUGGUCAUGAUCACACCCCAUCUCGAUAUCGACGGCAUUGGAAGUACGCAUUCUGAGAAGGAAGAAGAAAUCAAAUGGAUUUGAUCCCUCGCUGUUCAGUUCCUAAAAAAAGUUUGGUUUUUACCAUUUGUUCCAUUUUGUGUUCAUAAAUUUUUCUGUGUGUGGCUAUUUCAUGUUAAGAUCUUUGAAGAUUAUUUUAAUUUGUUUCUAGUGCUGUGACUUGGCAUUUAUUUUUUUGUGAUUGUUAUUGUGAACCUUAUUAACUACUCGUAUUUUGUAUUUAAAUGGACUAAAAUGGAUAAUUUAAUUACAGGCAGGAUAAUUGUGACUUGCAUUCAAGAAGUAUUAACCGGUAUGAUGGGUGAAAAUAUUUAUGAACAAUUUUUGCUUAAUAUUUCAGGCAAGUGCUGUUGCAAGGCAUGGUGUAUUACAUAAUUUUUAUAUAUGUAUGUGGUAAUUUAAGUUUUAUUUUCAUAAUUUGUUUAUUGAUUUAAGAAGUACAGCUUUAUUGCUGGAAGUUUUAGUCACUUACAGAGUACUGUUAUAUUUCCUUGUGACUGCAUUUAGUUUUUGCAUGUCAAAUUACAAUGUAUUUGUUGACUGUACCAUAUCACUUAAAGAUUGCAAAGUAUUCAGAAGACAUAUAAACUAAAGAGACAUAAAUUUGUAUAUUGGAGCAUUUUAAAUCUCUGAUGCCUUUGCUACUGAAGGUUUUAUUGUUACAGACACAGGUGAGCAUCUUUGUUGUACGGAUUUGUAAAAGUGUUAUGUUAGCUGCAGCUCACACUGUGGUGGUUGUGUUGUAAUUGAUGGAGGGAUUUUUAUGCAUUCGCUUGACAAAGGAAAAACAUUGAUGCAGUAGUAAUAUACAUACUUUGGCUGUGAACAAUGUUACUUAUUAACAUGGUUGUAUACAACUGGAAACAUUUUAUGACUAAUGUGUAUUGAUUUGCAUGCUGGGCAAUGAUUCAGUUGGUGAUGAUGAUGAUUAUGAUGAUAAUGAUAAUAAUAAUGCUAGUACUUUGCAGUCCAUAUAUGUACAGAUUUUUGGCUUAAAAUAUGAAAAUACGCCUGCUGCACACAGGCUGACUAAAA